AUGCCGGUCAGCCCUGCUGCGUUGUUGUUUUGCCUCGCGUGGGUUGCCCUCGCCGUUCCGGCUGGCGCUGCAACGGGUCGACCGCCGUCGCCCAACACCUUCAUCUGGUCAGUCCCCCGCAGCGGCAGCACCCUCUUGCUCAACUCGCUCGGAAACUCCGGCUUCUGGAACCGGAGCAAUGUUCUGUGCGAGCCAUUCAAUGGUGAGCUUGGGGAGCCCCACCCGAUGUUCGGCCAGGGAUUCAGUUCCGCCCAGGACAUUGUGGACGAGGUCUCUACCCGCGGGGCGUUCCUGUGGAAAGACCACCCGCUGUCACUGCUCAAAUCGUGGGGUGCCCCGCACCGCCACCCCUUCCUCGCGGACAAGGGAACGAAGCACAUAUUCCUCACGCGCAAUCCCGUCGAUACGGUGAGGGGCGUAGCAGUCGGCAUCGUGAGGACGGAAGACUUUCCGACCCUGAAUCCCGCGCUCACCCGCCACUUUAUCAGCAUGGGCUUUGACCCCGAGGACAUCCAGGCCUUGAUGGACUCUCUCGGCGGGCACACCGAGCAGAAGUUGCUCUACCGGUACCUGACCGAGGUGGUUGAGGCGCCGCACAUUCUCUUCGUAGAGAUCGAGGAUCUGUGGAACGACCCAAAGGCCGCUCUUCGCGGCAUUGCGGCCUUCCUCGGGAUCGAGUUCACGCAAGCCUUGCUAAAGUGGAACGGGCCGUCCAUUGAUGUGACCGCGUUUCCCGAGUCGCUUCUCCCUUGGUUUGAAGCCUGGGCCACCGCGAUGGCGAGGACGACGGAGAAGCAGCUGGUCGCGUAUCGGUGGCUCCGCGAGCACGUGCCAGCGAGGCAGCGCUUGGGCAUCGACCCUGCCGACUUGCGAUGGUUCGACGCCAAAGAGCCCUUGGCAAACGUGCAUCCGCUGCAUGCGUGGGACGAGCCAAAUGGAGACGUGGUCAUCAACGGCUGCUGCGACCACUACAAGAUGUCUGAGGUGCGUGUCAGCCCCUCGAGCGGCGCCGUGACCUACACCGUGAUUGACCACACCUUGCACUCCGAGUUUUCGCGCAUUCGAGAUGACUUGACCGGCCAGGCAGGGGUACGUUUCGGCUACACUGGGUUCAUGGAGGACGGCAUCGACUUCAAUUUCAAGGGCCUGGCCAAGUGGGACAUGGAGGCGAAGAAGCUGGCGGCCAAGAUUCGCUACCCGAACGGCGUCGUCGGCGGAGAGCCCGUCUUCAUCCCCCACGGCGGGCUAGGCUCGGACGAUGGCUAUGUCGCCACGAUUCUCGUCGACGACCAGCGGCGCGCCGAGUUGGCGCUCUACGAUGCAAAGACCUUUGCACGCACGCCUGCGGUGCGAAUGAAGCUGCCGGUGAGGGUGCCGCACGGUUUCCACGGCACCUGGAUUGACGAGAAGGCUCUGCAGCAACACGUGAGCCUCACAAAGGUGCGGAAGUGA